GCAGACAAAGGAGAAGAGAGAGAGAGGGGGCACUGAUAAGACCAGUCAAACGUUCAGAGCUCUUCUAUGGCCUCUCUACUGCCCUUCUCCAACCUUCAUAUAAGCCAAAGCCAGGCCUGCCAUUUCAAUACACAUUACAUGACUUCUCACCUUUUCCUUCUUAGCCUCUUAGGUUAUUUUUCGCUCUACGAAAGGAUGGCAGCCUUCUCAUAUCAACAUCACCAUCCUCUCCUCCUAGACUCUCCUUUCCUUCCAAACAGUGCCAUCAAAUUGCCUCCCACGCCACACCAAGUUGGAGAGAUGACCAAUGUGUCCGCUGGCUUCCUCUAUUGUAACACACCUGAAGCCAUCAGAGAGGCCUCAGCGACUGAAGCCAGGGCCUUCCAAAGCAGCGGCUCUCUUGACGGUGCUAUAAUACUCCACUCAGGGGAGACCCAGAUGGACUGCUCUUCUUCAGUGUUGGUUGAAACCCAUGGUGGUGAUUCUGGUGAAAGGGCCACAACACUACAAGGCUCGACGGAGAAGAAGAGAAAGAGCAGACAUGGCGCAAGCUUGAGCUCGUUUCGGUCAAAGGAUACGAAGGAAAGCAAGAGCAGGAAGCACAAGUCCAAAGAAGGUGAGAAACCCAAAGCCGAUGAGGUGAAAGAGAGGAAACCAUGUGAUGAUCCUCCAACAGGCUACAUUCAUGUUAGAGCAAGGAGAGGUCAGGCAACAGACAGUCACAGCCUUGCUGAAAGGGUGAGAAGAGAGAAGAUAAGUCAGAGGAUGAAGCUGCUGCAAAGCCUGGUCCCUGGUUGCGACAAGAUCUCAGGAAAGGCCCUCAUAUUCGAUGAGAUCAUCAACUAUGUACUAUCCUUACAGAAUCAAGUUGAGUUCCUCUCCAUGAAGCUUGCUUUUUUGAGCCCCACAAUGCAUGACCUUGGUGUGGAUCUUAAUGGACAUAUGGAUCAGCAACAGAGAAUAGGGAGCAUGGCACGGGACUCGGUGCCAACGCCAUUUGUACCACAAAGAAAUCACAUUCAACCGGUAGCUUUCGGAGGGGACAUCACCAAAGACUACCCCAUGAUGGACCCAUCGCCUUUUCUACUGCAUCAGCAAGGGCCCCAGGCCUUCUCCCAGGACAAUAGUAGCGUUCUGAUGCAAGUGGGUGACCAAAGACAAGGGUUUCUCAAUCCAAUGAUGUUCAAUAACAUGUGCUCUUUCCAGUAGAGAGAGAAAGAGAAAGAGAAUGGCCUCAGAAACAUGAGUCAACUAGGAGAACCUUGAGGGAGAAGAGGAAGGCCAAACGCAGGACCAUACCAGCUGCGCCUUAUCUAGCUCAAGCUCAGAUAAACUUGGUCCCAUGCAUGUAAAAGGCCCAGUCAUGGUGAUGUUAGACUUGCAAAGGUAUGGGAUGUGAUAAAUAAUGCUUAAUUUAUUGCUAUCAGCUACCCUCUUUGUCAUCUAGAGAGAGAGGAGCAGAGCGAGGAACCGUGCUGUACAAUGGGAGACUGAUAUGACUAGCCAAUGCAGAUGUGAUAUCUUUCCUUA